AUGUGGUCUGUCAGCAAAUGGGGGCACCGGGGUGACGCUUUGGCCCCGGGCGCGGAGAACUACAACUCCCACGAUGCCCUGCGAGGGAACCAGACUCCGCUUCCCGCCAUGCCCUACGGCGCGGACUCCCUUUCCCUUGAUGCCGUGCGCGGUGGUGCCCGGUGCCGGCGCCUCCCUCGUGCCGGGGCGCAGAUGACGCUGGCGGUGGGGUGCUGCCAGGCCGAGUCGGGGCCGCGCUGCGGGGGGCUCCGGCAGCGCCGACCUCGCAGGCCCGCCGGCGAGCCGAGCCGUCCCUCUCCUCCUCCGCGGGCCUGGGCUCCCCUGGAAGCUCCAGUCGGGGUCUGGGCCCCGCUGGCCUCCAUCACCCUCCUCAGCUUCGCCUCCCGCUUCUACCGCCUGUGCGAGCCGCCGCACGUCUGUUGGGAUGAAACUCAUUUUGGGAAGAUGGGAAGUUACUACAUUAACCGGACCUUCUUCUUUGAUGUCCACCCACCUCUGGGGAAGAUGCUGAUAGGACUUGCUGGGUACCUGAGCGGAUACAAUGGCACGUUUCCUUUCCAAAAGCCAGGGGACAGAUAUGGGCAUCAUAACUACAUAGGAAUGAGAGGGUUUUGUGCAUUUCUAGGCUCCUGCCUAGUUCCCUUCGCCUACCUCAUAGUGCUGGAGCUUUCCAAGUCACUGUCUGCAGCAUUACUUGCAGCCUCCAUCCUGAUUUUUGAUACAGGCUGCAUUACUCUGUCCCAGUACAUCCUGCUUGACCCCAUUCUGAUGUUCUUUCUUAUGGGAGCUGUGCUGAGUAUGGUCAAGUAUAACUCCUGUGCAGUUAGGCCAUUUUCUGCCCCCUGGUGGUUCUGGCUGAGUCUGACUGGGGUCAACCUUGCUGGAGCGAUAGGGGUGAAGUUUGUUGGCCUCUUUGUAGUCCUCUUGGUUGGACUGAACACAGUUUAUGAUCUUUGGGAGUUGCUGGGGGACCUCAGCCUGUCACUGGUCACACUGGGGAAACACUUGCUGGCUCGUGUAUUCUGCCUCAUCCUGCUGCCACUUGUGCUCUACACAGCUCAGUUUGCUGUUCACUUUGCAGUGUUAAAUAAAAGUGGGCCUGGGGAUGGUUUUUUCAGCUCUGCCUUUCAAUCCCGACUGAUUGGGAACAAUCUUCACAAUGUCUCUGUUCCAGAGCACCUGGCCUAUGGUUCUGUGAUCACAAUGAAGAACCUUCGGAUGGCAGGGGGGUACCUUCAUUCACACUGGCACUUGUACCCAGAGGGUGUGGGGGCUCGUCAGCAGCAGGUCACUGCCUAUUUACACAAGGACUUGAACAACCUGUGGGUUAUAAAGAAACAUGAUUCCAACACAGCAGAUCAUUUAGAUCCUUCCUGCUCUGUGGAGUUUGUAAGGCAUGGAGAUGUUAUUCGGCUGGAGCACAAAGAGACUUCUAGAAAUCUUCACAGUCACCAGCAUGAGGCCCCCAUGACAAGGAAGCACUUUCAGGUCACUGGAUACGGAAUAAAUGGAACAGGAGAUGCCAACGAUUUUUGGCGGAUUGAGGUGGUGGGCAGGAAGUCUGGGAAACGUAUUAAAGUCCUACGGAGUCAGAUCCGACUGACUCAUCUGGCCACAGGAUGCAUACUUGGGUCCUCUGGGAAGACGCUGCCAAAAUGGGGCUGGGAACAGGUGGAAGUCACCUGCACUCCAUAUGUGAAGGAGACUCCCAAUGCCCUUUGGAAUGUUGAAGAUCACAUCAAUCCCAAGUUGCCCAAUAUCAGUCUGGAUGUUCUGAAACCUUCGUUCCCAGAGAUUCUCCUGGAGUCCCACAUGGUUAUGAUCCGGGGAAAUAGUGGCCUCAAACCAAAGGAAAAUGAAGUCACAUCCAAGCCUUGGCACUGGCCCAUCAACUACCAGGGUCUGCGUUUCUCUGGAGUCAACGAAACAGAUUAUCGAGUUUAUUUGCUGGGGAACCCGGUAGUCUGGUGGCUGAAUCUGGUCACUAUUGGAUUGUACCUCCUAAUGGCAACUUGCACUAUUGUGGCCAUCAAGAGGGGAGCUCAGCUGACAGUUGAAUUCAAAGAGCUCUCUGAAGUCUUGCUGCAUAGUGGAGGGAAGAUCAUGCUGGGCUGGCUCCUCCAUUACCUCCCUUUCUUCAUGAUGGGCAGAGUCCUCUACUUUCAUCAUUACUUUCCUGCCAUGCUUUUCUCUAGCAUGUUGACAGGAAUUACAUGGGACACGUUACUGAAGUUCUGUGCUGGGUGCCUGUCCUGCUCCAUGGGGAAGAGGGUGUAUACAUAUGGGAUGCUGGCACUGAUGCUGCUCAUUGUGUACAGCUUCUACCUCUUCCAUCCUCUGUCCUAUGGGAUGGUGGGACCUAUGGCUUCAGAUCCCAACAGCCCAAUGGCAGGGCUCAGGUGGCUGGAAUCAUGGGAGUUCUAGAGCCGGCAGGAGGCAGCCUGGAACAAGAGAAUAAGAAACACAAGAACUAUCAAGGGUCAAGCUGAUUCUUGGGCACUUUGAGUCAAAUGGCUGUGAAGCACUACUCUGGAGAACUCCGGGGAAUCUGCUCCCCAUAGCAGCCCUUUGUCUCCUCACUGGUUUGCACAGUCUGAGCCUUGGCAGAGGAUGACCACAGGAAAGACCCUCUGAGUAAGACUCCAGCCAUAGGUCUAGUAGAUUCUAUUUCUGAGGCCAGAUACUGCUCAGAAAGAAGACCUGGGUCCUCCACGCAAUGUGUCUUAGAAUUUUUUACAGUCAUAGUUUGGCCUUGCUUUGGCCUGUCCAGCAGCCACACUGGUGUGAUUUGGAGGAUAUAUGUGUUGGAGGGUGAGGUUGCACACAUCUGUCUGUUUGUCUCUGUUCAUGUGAAAAUCACUUGAUUGCAGGAAAGAAUUGACUGUAGAAAGCACAAUGUCCUGAGAUAUUAAGGAUCUUUUCAUGUUUAAUAACUUUUAUUGAUGGUGUUUUAUAUAUAUUUUGGAGAAUGUCUGGGAACCCCCUGUCCUAGCCAUUUGCAUUUCACUGAUCCGAUGCUGUGUUUCUAGUACCUGGCCGAACUGAAAGUCUCUGUGGCUUGAACCCUCCAUAAGCCAUCAUGCCUUGCCUGUCUUCCAGGCCCUUUGCAAACAGAAGAAGUGGAGAUUGUUUAUCCUUGCAUACCCCCUUGUGUUCAGGCCACCUGUAACCACUUAUAAUAAUCAUUGUGUAGCUACCUGGCAAACCUCAUGACAGCUCAGAGCCAGACAGUUCCAGUUCAUCAGUCUUGCAGUUUUGCCACAAGAUGCUAAGAUGCUCCAAAGAUAAUUACAGUGAGAGCAGCAGGUUUCUUUUAUUGCUUGUCUUGGGUUCUUUGAUGUAAGGGCCAGCCUCUUUGGGGAUGGACAGAUAGGGAGCCCUUGCUGACAGCUGUCAUUCAUCCUUUGAUACCAGCAGUUCUACUGCCAGUAACUCUGUGUUGUGUGAGGAUGCUAAGGCUCAGCGUCACUGGAAUCUGCAAAGCCUGCUGCUAGUUCUGGGGUAUUUAACCACUAAUAUUCCUCUGCUGAAAGCAGUUUUCUUCUAACUGGAAACUGCACUUCUUGUUACUAUGAUAAACUGCCAGGCAAAUGAGAAUGGGGAAGUGGAGGGAGAGAGAGAAACCAGAAUAAAAACUCUUUGCUUGUCUGGUUAAGAGCUCUCUGAUGCUGAACCUGUCCCUUCCCAGGCUGUGUUCCACUUUUGUUCCACUUCUCUCCCCUAAGGUCCUUUCUUUCCACUCAGUUCACUAUUACUGCCCUGUAGCAUCCAAAACAAACUGCCUUGAGUCCCAGCUGUGUGUGUCCUUUGAGGGAGCAAGGUUUGCGAGGCGAUUUUGCAUAUGUGUCAAGAUGAUCAAACCCUUCAUUUCAGAUUCUCUGCUUUGCCUCUCAGCCCUGCUCCUGAAUAUGUAUUGGGUGAGUAUCAGUGACGGGUGAGUAUGUCUGAGUUUUAAAGAUGAGUUCCGCUAUACUCCCUUGCCACUCUCCAUGGAUUCCAAUGGGUUAUCUGUAACACAAAAGGCUGUUGGCAUGGAGAUUGUGCUAACAUCCCCAGACCAGGCUGGAUAGCUGUGCUGUAUGCUGGGCUGAGGCUCAGUUCAGACUUGCUGUCACUUUAAUAGAGGAAAUGUAGGAAUGUUCAGUUAGGCAGUUGCUUGCUAUUAUAACAUGCUGGCUCAGUAUGUCAUAUCCGCCUCUAGAGGCUGGUCCACAUACAAGAUAGGAGCCUACUACUGCAACCAGCUCAAGUGGUAUAGGCCUUUGUUUUUUAUGCUAAAGGUUUUGAGUUAAUCCCUUGCUGACAGUCCAUGGUGGGGGGUCAUUACUGUAAUUAACUGCUGUUUGAUGAUCUCUUCCUAUUUACUGUGAUAGGAAGUGCUCCCCUCUGGCUUCGCCAAGGCUGCUCAGAGAUAUGUAGGAAAGAAGAAUGAGGGAGAGGGUUGAAAACAUCACCAAAUCCUGCUUAGUUUGACAUGUGGAAAAACAGCAACGGAUUAUAAACAGGUGGCAAUAUGACAGGCAGGCAUUACAUUGCCUCAUUUUUAAUAAUGUUAUUGGGUAUCUUACGCUGCCAGUAAGAACAUCAGCUUAAUGCUGUGAUGUCAUGAGAGUAGAUUUUUCCUGCAGAAGUCCCACUGCCAAUGGGAGGAAGUGCCAGGGCCUCAUGUAAAGGGUGAAUUGAGAUGCAGGAUACCCUCAGGAACUGAGGACCCAGCAGUGAUAUAGACAUGAAUGGCAGCAAACCUGUCCCUUGCUAUUGAGAACAAAGAAAUCAGUAGGUACCUAUGUAGGAUGGUCCCAAAGGUGGUUCACACAUCUUUGCCAUCAUAGGACCUUUUAGCUAAGUGAAAAUGUUGAUUUAGCAACCUCUGUUGUUGAGGAGAUGGAGCAGUAAGAACUUCAG